GUGGGCUCUCAAAGACCUCUUGAAGCUCUUGAGGGGGUUGAAAUAAAACUUUGGCUGUUGCUAGCGUCUCACCUCUGGUUGGUCCAUGCGGCGCUCGAGCACGGACGAGACGCCUUACCGGCGCAGUCCCUCACUGGACAGCAAGCCCGAGACGCCACCCUUCAACUCGGGUUUCCACAGCUACAGUGGCGAGUACGAGUAUAAACGUCCGCCCUUUGCAUUCGGCUUCCACACAGCGCCGGGUCCGCAGGCGGCUAAAGGCCGCUACACCACCUCGCAGGGGAAGAAGUAUGUGGUGUUUUACCUGGACCUCUCCUUCAUCUUCCUCCUAGAGCUGCGGCGCUGCAGGAUGGCUGAGGGCUGCAUGAGGAGCCUGCGCUACGGUAUGGUCUUCUUCAACCUCCUCUUCUGGUUGGGGGGUUGUGGAAUACUGGGCGUGGGGGUAUGGCUGUCAGUGACCCAGGGCAACUUUGCCACACUCUCCUCAUCCCUCCCAUCCCUCUCAGCAGCCAAUCUACUCAUUGCGGUCGGGACCAUCAUCAUGGUGAUUGGUUGCCUCGGCUGUGUCGGAGCUGUCAAAGAAAGUCGUCCGCUAUUGCUGAGUUUCUUCAUCCUCCUUCUGCUGAUCUUCUUCUUGGAGAUUCUGUCCAUCAUGCUCUUCUUUGUUUACCAAGACCAGAUUGAUCACUAUGCCCAGAGGGAUUUGAAGAGGGGACUCCAGCUCUUUGGCACCGAAGGCAACGUAGGCUUGACCAACGCCUGGAUGAUCGUACAAACUGAUUUCCGCUGCUGUGGCGUGACCAACCAUACGGACUGGUUUGAGGUGUACAAUGCCAGCCGCGUGCCCGAUUCCUGCUGUCUGGAGUACAGCGACAACUGUGGCCUCGUGAACCCAGGGACCUGGUGGACCGCGCCAUGUUACGAGCGGGUGAAGGAUUGGAUACAACAGAAUCUGGUGGCCCUGUGGAUAUUUGCCUUGUGUACGGCACUCACACAGAUUCUGGGUUUGGUCUUCUCUAUGACCAUGUUCUGCCAAGCAGUCAAAGUGGAGACCUUCUACGCCUAGCAGCGUCCCCUCUUUGCCCCAAAGGACUCUGUGAAUGAGUGAGGCACACACACCUCUCUCCCACUCUACACUCUGUGACGGACCUUUCUCACCAACGACUCGCCGACCAAUCCUCAUGUAACAUCUUCACAACGACCUGUACUGUAAAACAAGCACAAUGUACUAUCGGGAGCCAAUGGAUGUUUUUUUGCUGAAUUAAAUGUUAUUCGCUCAUUUUGUGGUCAACAUAUAUAUGUAAUAUAUAGGAGUAAUCCUUUUUUAAAGAUUUGUUUUAAAUGAUUUUGAAUCAUUCUAUAAUCUUAAGUGUUUUUGAAACGAGAGGAGAGCUAAGGAAUGCAGGUCAAGAGUGCAUUUAUUAAGACAGGCCAUAUGACUAGUAAAGUGCAUGGCUCUUAUAAUGGUGUUAGUAAAUGUUUGGCUCAUCCAAAUCAACUUUUC